UGCAUGUGCAUUCCGUUAUUUUGCAGUUUAUAUCUACCCACACAAGACGUGCCUAAUGCCGAGGAAUGGAUAGUGUGUCUGAUAAAGGUGGAAAGAUGGUCGAAAGUGAUGAACAGUCGGAGAGGGAUAGUGGCGGUGGCGCAGCGAUGGCCGCGCUACACCAAUGCGAACUCAUCCAGAACAUGAUCGAAAUCUCCAUCUCCAGUUUACAAGGGCUCCGGACCAAAUGCGCGGCGUCCAACGAUCUCACCCAGCAAGAAAUACGCACUUUAGAGGUGAAACUGAUGAAGUACAUCUGCAAGCAGCUGCAGUGCAAGCAGAAGGUUCCUGAGACGGAGAGGCCGCAGGCUCUGGACAGCUACCCACGACUUGGAGACUGGCUGCGGACCAUUAACCUUAGGCCGGAGCUCAUCGAGGCGGUGCCUGUGAAGCUGUCGUUGGAUGCCCUGCUGCAGAUGCCUGGUGUCCAGGUGCGUGAGACCAUGAGGAGGCUGGGCUCCAGCACGGAGGAGUGUGCCAGGCUGAGUGCCGCCCUGUCCUGCCUGAAGAGCGCCACUGAGUCUGGUGGCGAGCUGAGAGAAGAUGGCGGCCUGUGGAUGUCGGAGCCCACCAGACGUGACAGCGGCUCCCUGACGCCUUUGGACCAGCUGUCCGGCCUGGGGGGGCGCCCGCACAGCCCCUCCCCACUGGCCCGACCCCCCCUCACCCCCUCCACCCCUUUCGCCCCCUUCCCCCACCCGCGCCUGGCACCCGUCCACGCCGCCGACGGCCAUGUGGUCUCCCAUGGUUACGCGGAGAGCCUGACGGAUCCGAGCCCGUACUACUCGUCUCGCCCGGGCCGCAUCUACGGGCACACGUCCACGCCACCCAUCACGCCCCCGUCCAAACGGAGGCACCGGCUCAAGCCCCCCUGCACCCCGCCACCCCCCUCCAGGAAGGUGCUCCACCUCCUGCCCAACAUCACCCUGACGCGCAGCAAGAGCCACGAAUCACAGCUGGGCAACCGCAUCGAGGACACGCCCACAAACAAGUGCGCCAAGAAGAACAAACUGUUCCUGAACGUGCAGAUCAACGGGAACGGCUGCGAGGACUCGCCCUCGCGCUCCCCGCUGCUGUCCGCCCGCACGCCCGGCGCCACGCCUGCCACCGCCCCCUACACACUGCCCGGCACCCCCACGCUCCUGGAGGAGCACAGCGGCCUCAAGAAUAACAUAACAGUUCACCGUAGCUCCCCUCAGACGGUCAGGAGAGACAUCGGCCUGAACGUCACACACAGAUUCUCCACCAAAUCCUGGCUCUCCCAGACCUGCCAGGUGUGUCAGAAGAACAUGAUCUUUGGCGUGAAAUGCAAACACUGCAGGUUAAAGUGUCACAACAAGUGUACCAAGGAGGCUCCUUCCUGCAGGAUCUCUUUCCUCCCAAUCACUAAGAUCAGGAGGACCGAGUCCGUCCCGUCUGACAUCAACAACCCCGUGGACCGUCCGCCAGAAGCUCCGCAGUUCGGCACCUUACCAAAGGCAAUAACCAAGAAGGACCACCCGCCGGUACUGAACCAACUGGAUUCCAGCAGCAACCCGUCCUCCACCACAUCCUCCACCCCUUCCUCGCCUGCCCCCUUCCAGCAGAGCAACCCCCCCAGCGCCACCCCACCCCCCAAUCCCUCACCCAAAGGUCACCGUGACAACCGCUUCCACUUCCCAGCUGCCUGCUACUUUCAGCAUAGACAGCAGUUUAUCUUCCCCGAUGUGUCCAGCUCAACCCUGCUGCAUUCUGAAAGUGGCCUUCCAGACACUGUUAUUGAGAACGAGCCGACAGCAGAGGUCCUGAGGGCUGAACUGGCUGAGGAUGAGGAUGGAGAGGAAGAAGAGGAAGAGGAAGAGGUUGAGGCAGAGGAGGAAGAAGAAGUAGUAGAAGAAGAGGACGAAGAGGAGGUCGAGGAGGACGAUGAAGAGCAGGCAGAGGAGUAUGAGGAGGAGGAGGAUGGAGUCCACAUGGGCUCAGACGGGGAGUGCGAUGGGGACGAGCUGGACGACCUGCCGAGCUCGCGGGGCAGCGGCGGCGGGGGCCACUGGAGGGGCCCCAUCUCCCGCAAAGCCAGCCAGACCAGCGUCUACCUGCAGGAGUGGGACAUCCCCUUCGAGCAGCUGGACCUGGGCGAGCUGAUCGGCAAGGGCCGCUGGGGCCGCGUGCACCGGGGCCGCUGGCACGGCGAGGUGGCCAUCCGCCUGCUGGAGAUCGACGGCAACAACCAGGACCACCUGAAGCUCUUCAAGAAGGAGGUGAUGAACUACCGUCAGACGCGCCACGAGAACGUCGUGCUCUUCAUGGGGGCCUGCAUGGCCCCGCCACACCUGGCCAUCAUCACAAGUUUCUGCAAAGGGAGGACUUUGUACUCUGUCGUGAGGGACACUAAACACAAUCUGGAUAUUAACAAGACAAGGCAAAUCGCACAAGAGAUUGUAAAGGGAAUGGGCUACCUGCAUGCCAAAGGCAUCGUCCACAAGGAUCUGAAAUCCAAGAAUGUCUUUCAUGACACCAACAAGGUGAUCAUCACAGACUUUGGCCUCUUCGGGAUCUCUGGAGUGGUCCAGGAGGGACGGCGUGAGAAUGAGCUGAAGUUGCCACACGGCUGGAUCUGUUACUUGGCCCCGGAGAUCGUCCGCAAGAUGAGCCCCGGCAACAACGAGGACAGACUGCCCUUCUCCAACGCUGCUGACGUCUACGCCUUUGGGACCAUAUGGUAUGAGCUGCAGGCCCGAGACUGGCCCAUCACCAACCAGCCUGUGGAGGCUACCAUCUGGCAGGUGGGCAGCGGGGAGGGGAUCAAGAACGUGCUGGCCGAGACCAGUCUGGGCAAGGAGGUCACGGAGAUCCUGUCUGCGUGCUGGGCGUACGACCUGCGGGAGCGGCCCACCUUCACCCAGCUGGCGGACAUGCUGGAGAAGCUGCCCAAGCUCAACAGGAGGCUCUCCCACCCCGGACACUUCUGGAAAUCCGCUGAGUUGUAGCUGUUCAUACGAAUCCUAAGCAACGCAAAACAACUAAAGCCUGGGUCUGCCUUGCAUGCAUCCUGAAAUCCUUAACUUUCGGAUUUAAAGAAAAUAAAUAAAUAAACUAAAGCAAAGCAAAGCCAAGCGUUGACUCUGCCUGAUACAGAUUCUGCUUCCACUAAUGCAAGCUUGAUCUUCCACCUCCUCCUCCUCCUCCUCCUCGACUUUUGCGUUUCUCUGCCGGCGGGAGUGGAGAAUCUCGCGCAGCAAGAGAGGAGCUAACGGACUACUACACAUUUCCUGCUUCUGACCCAUCUAAAACUCUUGCCUUUACGUGUUUUUUUGUUUUGUUUUUGUUCCGGUUUUUUUUUCUCGGAGGAAAUUAGUCUUUGGUUCUCCUCUCUGGCUUGUGGUGUCCUUAGUGAAAUGGACGUGUGUUAUAUCAGUGUGAUGGCGACUCCCCCCCCCCCACACACACACACGCACACACACACCAUCAUGCUGCUGUGACAUGUUUCUUGCUGACAAAACUGGCGACGGGAGUCAGACUUUCGUAAAACACAGCUGGUCACCAAGCUACUGCUGGACCCUCUGGUGACUGUCCAUUGCACCUUUGGCAUCUCUGACCACUGAAGUGGCAUAUCCAAUCUCUCUCUCUCUCUCUGCCUCUGCACUGCGCCCUCCUCCUCUAUCUCUCCCACUAUCUGGACAGUGACCACUGCUCCCUCUCCCACCCUGUUGUGUAUAUCCGGCUCCAGAGCUUCAGGACCGGGCCACUUCAAUUUACAGAUGAAAAGACAACUCUCUCAUGUUUGUUUGUUUUUUGUUGUUGUUGUUGUUGACAUUGUUGUGUCCCAUGUACUGUGUUUUUCACACUGUCCACCAGUGUUUGUUGGGACUCACAAGACAAUGUGCUAUAGCAACAGCUACACUGACCUUCAAUGGAGUCUUUAAAAUGGAGUCCUCAAUGGAGUCUCUGAAGCUGGAUUCUAAUGACGGAACCAUAUCACAGACGGACACACAGAAUGUCACUGCGCUGUCUUUGUCCUGCGGUUUCACCAUAGCCCACAAAGGAGCGGGAUGC